GCUUAUAAAGUCCAACCAACCAACGCGUGCGGUGUCUCUCAUUGCGCGCGUGGCGGGGCGGGAACCGAGAGAGCGCGAGAGAAGAGACAAGGGACAAGCCAACAGUCAGAAUAUUUAUAUCAGAAAAACAGAAGGUGAACCUGGUUAGCUGCCACACAAUAUCAAACGCUCGGAUUUUUGUCCAUCCAUAACUUUUCGUUACAUUUCACAACGUCAAAUAAUCCACUUAACAGACAACGUCUUGACAACCAGACAGUCGUGCGGAUCGUGUCAAUAGGAAGCAGCGCUUGCCCCACUGUUGCCCAUCCACUUACAAGUAGCCUACCCUUAAGGAGACGAGACGAGUUGCCAUGGAAACUGUUCUGGUCUUCCUUUUUUCCCUCCUAGUGGCGGGUGCAAAAGGGAAGAAUUUGAACCCAUUUAUAUACGACUAUGAGAGUUUGAGGAUCUGCGGUUUGGCGUUUGCUGUGGUGCUGUUCGCUCUUGGAAUGCUCCUUAUUCUCAGCCGCAGAUGCCGCUGCAGUAUCAACCAGAAGCCCAAGGCUCCAGGAGAUGAAGAAGCUCAAGCAGAGAACCUCGUGGUCUCCAAGGACAAGGAGACCCCUAAAGCAGAGAACUGAAACAUACCAGUGUUGUUAAACACAUAGCCGUGGCUGAACGACUUCACUGAUGCUGAGGAUGGUGAUAAUGAUGAAGCUGAUUCCAGACCAUGGCUAUGAGAGGAGAAAGAGGAGACGGAGAUUUGUGGGGGAGGAGACUAUAACUCGGAUUUUUAAUGGGCCAGUGUCUUGUACGUAGACCUCUAGUCCUGUCACGUGAACAGUAACUGUAUCCGUCUUUCCGUCCGUGCCCUUUUGCGACAGUCCGUCUUGAGUGAGUUGUUUUAGCAAAACUAGCCACUUUCUGCAGAUCAUUCUUAACGUUUCUGGCUCCUCCACAACUGAACAUGUGUGUGUGGUUUAAAGGAACAGUUCACCCAAAAAUUCCGUUCCAAACAUGUAUGCAGUUAUUUUUUACAUCGAACACAAAAGGAAACAAAAGAUUCUCUAUGUAGCCCUUAUUAUAUAAUGACAAAACCUAAAAAACACCAUAGUUUUAAUAUUUGGAUGAACUGUCUCUUUAAUAAUUUUGCUUUAAUGUCUAACAGUGAAUAACUUUUACUGUUAUUAAUGGUGUGACCACAUGUUAUUGUCAUUUGUGUCCCACCUGCUGUUUUUUUCUCUUGUAGAUUGUAUAGACUAUAUGCAGACAUAUUUAAAUACACUUAAGUAUUUAAUAUAAGUAUUGAUUCACAUGUGAUGCAGAAUAUAUAUUUGAAUAUACAGUGUAUGCAUGUGUGUGCACCUUUGGAUAGAUACUGAAGAGCUUGUAUGAAUGCGUGCGUGUGUGGGUGUGCCCACAUCCAGGGCACCUCCUCCCGACAAUCUUUCAAUCAUUCUACACAGAUCAAGCACGAAAACAAAACAGUAACACCACUGUACCACAAGGGGCACCAUACCGCUGUCCUCUGAUCAGCUUCAACACUGCCGGGCUCACUGCCCUCAUUUGGACCCACAGUCUAAACGUCUGCGGCCUGAGAAUGAGACCGCAGGAGAAGUUCACUGCACCAUAUAGUGCCGCUAACCUGUGUCUUUUCCCUUUUCAUCACACGUCUUCUGUAGCUUAUGUGUUCUCUUUCUUAAAGGGAUAGUGCAGCCAAAAAUAAAGUAAAUAUUUUGCCAGUGUCUACUCACCAUCAUGUCGUUAAAACUCAACAAACAAAUGAUUUUCUCUGUUAUGUAGAACACAAAAGGAGACAAGAAAGUAAAGCGAAAACUUCAGUUUCAACAUGAAUGUUGGCAUAUGCAUGCACACAUAGCCGGUCAUAGGCGGUCAACAUGUGCACUAGAGAGUUUCAUCUUUGUGUAUGUGUUAAUUCUAUCCAGAAGUUUUGAGUGGCAAAAAUGUCUGUUGUUGUUUCAUUUUCGAUUAAAUAAAUGCAAGGUGCAUGUGCGAGCUGAGCUACAUGCAGCUAGAAAAAAAGCAUAAUAUAGACAGUAAAAUCCCCAGUUAAAUCAACUCUGCUUAGAGUACAUAUGUUCCCUCUCUAAAUAGUGUUAAAGUAACACUGAAGGAGAGUUAAAGUUAAUGAGAUAAUUAAGCGAUUAAUUAAGUGAUGAUUGAGCAUUAGUGAUGAACACCUGCUGUUAACAAGCAGAAUCACCAAAGAAAAGAAAAACACAAAAACUACAACUGACUUUAACUCUGCUUCAGUGUUACUUUAACACUAUUUAGAGAGGGACCAUAUGUACUCUAAGCAGAGUUGAUUUAACUCUGGGGAUUUUGCUGUGUAACCAGUGUUGGGGAAGGUUACUUUUAAAAGUAAUGCAUUACAAUAUUGCGUUACUCCCUAAAAAAGUUACUUAGUUACUUUUUAUGGAAAAUAAUGUGUUACAUUAUUUUUGUCUUACUUUUUCUCAUCUGGGCUGGGCUGUUUUUAUAACAACAAAAAAGUUCAAUUUUUGGCAAAUUUAAAAGCUCCUUCACACCAAAAGUGAAAUGAAUUAGCCUCAGGCUGAAGGAAAUGCAAAUUCACGCCUGUAUAGUAGAGGGCGCAAGCCUUUCAGCUGUACUAUCAUUCUGGAUUGCAGAAGAAUAGGACACAGGAGAAGUAAAUGAGCAAAUGUAUGCUAACAUUAAGUCUAGAACUAGUUUAGAAUAACCAGCGUUGCCAAGUCUGCAAUUUUCCAGCAGAAUUGGGCUACUUUAACACUGUUGCGACUCCAAAUAACAUGAUAUUUAGCCCCUGGACUGCAAAUUUUACCAGGGGAACGCGAUUUUCACCGGAGGACCCCACCUGAAAUGCAAUUAGGCUAGUUUUGAGAAGCAAUUGGGCGGGUUUUGUUGUGAAAACUUGGCAACCCUGAGAAUAACCAUCAUGUUUACUCACACAAUGCCUCUGCACUCCUGAUUUCUUUCAACUUGGGGACAGGAGGUGUCAGUCAAUAAAUGGGAAAACAAAGUAACUUGUUUCACUUAUUUGAAAAAGUAACUGAUAUUUUGUUGUAAAUUUAAAAGUAAUGUGUUACUUUUCUAGUUACUUGAAAAAAGUAAUCUGAUUACGUAACUCGCAUUACUUGUAAUGCGUUACCCCCAACACUGCUUAUAACUAUCAUAAAAUAUUCCACAUAUGAUGUAUAAUAUGUAAGGAACAGACUGAAAAUCUCCACUGUAGCUCUCAAAUCCCAUUUAGUGCUCUAUUGUACGCAUUUCGCGUGAUUAACAUGCAACUCUGCACCAUAUUUUAAUGUAAGUGAGCAUGAAUGAGAUUUGAAUGUUUUCAGGGAAUAACGACUUUUGGGUCUGAGUAAACAAUAACACAUUAGUGAUUUUUGGGUGAACUAUCUCUUUAAUAUCACUCAUAUUUAUAAACACUGUUCAAUGGGACCAAAAUGUCGGCCUCUAAAGAAACCAACCUUUGCAUUUGUGUGCGUCUGCGUACGUGAGUGUGUGUUGUUCCACACAUCACUUGCUGUGAUAAACCUAUUGGAGUUAUAGAAAUGUAGGUAAGUUUAUAAAGAGAGAAGCAUUUCACUAAAUAUUAAUCACAUGUAGGCUAUUCAAGAACACAGUCUAACGCUACAGAUGCUUCGCUAUUAGAGAAGAAUUUAAUACAUAUUCGUCUCAUAUCUGUGCAGCUACUGUGUAUGGCCGCUCUUUGUGCUCCGAAAUAAAUAAAGUCUUUGUCUGACACAGG